AUGGUGGUUUAUUUUCAGUUAAGACGUAGAAUAUUAGACAUCCCCUGCAAAGUCUGCGGAGAUUUUUCAUCGGGAAAGCACUACAAUAUCUUCGCGUGUGAUGGUUGUGCGGGAUUUUUCAAAAGGUCGAUCCGUAGGAAUAGACAAUAUGUGUGCAAGGCUAAAGAGGAAGGAACCUGUAUCAUCGAUAAGACGCACAGGAACCAAUGUAGGGCAUGCAGGUUGCAGAAAUGUCAAGAAGCUGGCAUGAAUAAAGAUGCCGUCCAACACGAGAGAGGUCCUCGGAACUCAACGCUUCGCAGACAGCAAAUGUCGAAUUUUUUCAACGAAGCCCGCGAACGUAUGAUGGGGUCGCCACCUGUCGGCGCUUUGAAUCUGGCCUUGCCGAAACCUAGCACGCCGCCGGUAUUGGAGAGUCCGUUCGGGAUUAUGGGACCAGCUGGGUUUUUGUGCAAUUCGAUACUGAGUUUACCUAGGUUUCCUAUACCGCUUCAGCCAGUACCAUCGCCGCACAUUCCCAAUCCAGCAGUAGUCUGCGAGGCCGCCGCUAGGCUACUCUUCAUGAACGUCCAAUGGGCUAGAUCCCUAUACGCGUUCACCUCUCUACCCGUCAACGACCAAUUUUUGCUUCUGGAAGAAAGCUGGAGAGAACUAUUCGUAUUAGGAGCAGCCCAAUUCCUUCCCAUGACGUACUUACCCCAUCUGGUACCGAAUUUUGGGCAUGUAGACAGUACGAGUUUCAUGCAAAAUGUGCAAGAGUUCCAGGAGAUUCUAGUGAACAUUAGGCAGUUCCAGGUCGACCCGCAGGAAUAUUCUUGCUUGCGAGCUACGAUUUUAUUCAAGACCAGCUUCGACAAACCGUCUUCCUCCUCGCCACCAACUUCGGAAAGGGUUUUGAGCGAUCCGGUUAAAAUUUCAGCUAUACAGGAUGAUACUCAGUUGACGCUUAAUAAAUAUAUUAGCUCCACGCAUCCAGGACAACCUUUGAGGUUCGGAAAGCUGCUUCUUUUGCUACCAACGCUCAGGAAGGUGCCUGGUGAGGUCAUAGAGGAGCUUUUCUUUAGAAAAACUAUUGGAAAUAUUCCUAUCGUAAAGAUUAUUUGCGAUAUGUAUAAAACUCAAGCUAGCUUAUGA